AUGCUGGAUGUCAGACGUACGCUUCCGCGGGCUACUUUCUCAUCUAGGACGUUGGAUAUUAAAUACGAUACACCCAUGUUGGCAGUCAAGAAGGAGGGGCUGAAGCUCAGCACGCUCAAGGCGGAGGACCAGGAGGCCCCAGCCAAUCCCGAGAGCUUAAAAUCUCUCCCAUUGUUCUUUUUUUUCUCCUCCACACUCGCCUCCCCCCAUGCAGCCAUGUUGGCAGUCAAGAAGGAGGGACUGAAGCUCAGCACGCUCAAGGCGGAGGACCAGGAGGCCCCGGCCAUCUCUGAGAGCUUCGAAGUAGACGCAGACUCAAUAGCGCCGCAUGCUGCCAUCCCUGCAUCCACGCUCGUGCCCUUCCCGCUGCUGCUGAGCGCGGAGGCCUACACCCCCUGGGCCAUCCCCUUCCGCAGUGCCAAGGACCCUCCUGGUCAGCUCACUGACACUGAGACCACGUGGAUUGACGUUUUCCGCCGCAGCAUUGAACCCUUCGGGAAGCGGGCAGCUGGUGACGAGUCUGUGGAGAACGCUGCUGAGAAGGCAAAGGUCUUUGAAGAGAAGUGA